CUCAGACUACCCUAUCCCUUCCUCACACAGUCCACCACUCCGGUUAGGUCUUCUUCACUCUUCUCAUCGCAGACCCCUUAAAUCACCUGCAAUAUGCUCGCUCGACCUGCAGGACUCGCCGCUGCCAACUUGGCACGCGCUGCCGCACCAGCUGCUCGCGUUGCGGCCCCUUCCGUCGCCUCGGCUGUUCGCACUUACGCGACGGCCAAGCCUGCUGCCGCUGAAGUCAGCAGCAUCCUUGAGCAGCGCAUCUCUGGCGCAUCUUCCGGUGGUGAUGUUCAAGAGACCGGCCGUGUGCUGACCAUCGGUGAUGGUAUUGCUCGUGUCUACGGUCUCCGCAAUGUCAUGGCCGACGAAAUGGUGGAAUUCAGCUCUGGUGUCCGUGGAAUGGCCCUCAACUUGGAAGCCGACAACGUCGGUGUCUCCAUCUUUGGAUCUGACCGUGCCAUCCGCGAAGGUGACACAGUCAAGCGUACCGGAUCCAUCGUCGACGUUCCCGUCGGUCCAAACAUGCUGGGCCGUGUCGUCGACGCCCUCGGUAACCCAAUCGAUGGCAAGGGCCCCAUCGAGGCCGCUGAGCGUCGCCGUGCCUCGCUCAAGGCACCUGGCAUUCUGCCCCGUCGUUCCGUCAACCAGCCCAUGCAGACCGGUAUCAAGCCCAUCGACGCCAUGGUUCCCAUCGGCCGUGGACAGCGUGAGCUGAUCAUUGGUGACCGUCAAACCGGUAAGACCGCCAUCGCCAUCGACACCAUCCUCAACCAAAAGCGAUGGAACGACGGAAAGGACGAGUCUCAGAAGCUGUACUGUGUUUACGUCGCUGUCGGACAAAAGCGUUCCACUGUCGCUCAGCUGGUCAAGACUCUCGAGGCCAACGAUGCCAUGAAGUACACCAUCAUCGUCGCCGCCACUGCUUCUGAGGCUGCUCCCUUGCAAUACCUCGCUCCCUUCUCUGGUUGCGCUAUUGGAGAGUGGUUCCGCGACAACGGUCGCCACGCUCUGAUCAUCUACGAUGACUUGUCCAAGCAGGCCGUCGCCUACCGUCAAAUGUCCUUGCUGCUCCGUCGUCCUCCUGGACGUGAGGCCUACCCUGGUGACGUCUUCUACCUGCACUCUCGUCUCCUCGAGCGUGCUGCCAAGAUGAACGAGAAGCACGGUGGUGGAUCUCUGACUGCUCUGCCUGUCAUCGAGACUCAGGGUGGUGACGUAUCCGCUUUCAUUCCCACCAACGUCAUUUCGAUUACCGACGGUCAGAUCUUCCUGGAGUCCGAACUCUUCUUCAAGGGUAUCCGCCCCGCCGUCAACGUCGGUCUGUCUGUAUCUCGCGUCGGAUCUGCCGCCCAGACCAAGCUCUACAAGUCCGUCGCUGGUAGCUUGAAGCUGUCGCUUGCUCAAUACCGUGAGCUUGCUGCCUUCGCCCAAUUCGGUUCCGACUUGGACCCCGCUUCUCGUCGUACCCUGGACCGUGGAGGUCGUCUCGUCGAGCUGCUCAAGCAGCCCCAAUUCGUUCCCAUGGCCACCGAGAUCCAGAUUCCCCUCAUCUUCGCAGGUACCUCUGGUCUCCUCGACUCGAUCCCAACCGACAAGAUCACGGCUUGGGAGGAAAGCUUCCUCGAGCACCUCAAGGGCAGCGGCUCCAGUUUGCUGGCCAAGGUCGCCGAGGGCAAACCCUCCAAGGAGCUCACUGCGGAAUUAACCUCCUUCAUCAAGGCUCACGUUGAAGGCUUCGCCAAGUAAGAGAGGCGUCGUCACGUACAUGUUAGAGCAAAGCAGCGAGCGCUCUUUGCACGGGUGAUCGACCCUCCUUUUGAAAAUGCAUGAGUCCCGUCAAGUCCAGACUUUUGCGCGUGUGCCCAAGAGCGAUUGAAUCGGGCGUUGAUGUGGUCACUCGCGAAGGGUGCGCAUUGACAAGUCAUGCCAGCUGGUAAGACUGCUUGCGAAGGAGGUGCCAGAAUGUAGUGUGCGGUUACGUAUAGUGUCAUAAUAAGAAUGUCGAAUAAGAAAGACACGCGUCAAAAAGCU